GAUACUGCAAUGGUGCUCUUGAAGCUCCUAACUGCAUUCCUCCUCGUUUCGAUGUCUGGCAGACCAAGCCAUGCUUCGCCCAAUGCGUAAGCAACUGUAACAACGUCGGUGUGACUGAGUGUGCUACCAGAUACAAAUGCUGUAUGGCUGUCACUGGAUUCAACACUACCUACAACUGCUGGCCUCAAUGGAACGCUGCUUCUUAA